AUGGAGAACGAUCAGUGGGUCUAUAUGGAAGAAGAAUGCAUCGUUGUUGACGACCACGAUAAUCAAAUUGGAGAAGGUUCAAAGAAGGAUUGUCAUCUUCGAAAUAAAAUUGAUGGCUCGACCAUUCAGCAUCGUGCUUUUAGUGUUUUUUUAUUUGAUUCUCAAAAUCGCUUACUCCUGCAAAGACGGUCAGCGGAAAAGAUUACAUUUCCUCUGUACUGGGCAAAUACCUGCUGCAGCCAUCCUCUGAAUUGUGCAGCUGAAAGGGAAGUGGAAAAUGAUAUUGGAGUCAAGAGGGCUGCUAUUCGGAAGCUGAACCAUGAACUUGGAAUAUCUGAAAGUACAUGGUCAACUGAUGACUUUGUAAACGUUUUAAAUGCACACUACAGUGCUCCCAGUGAUGACACAUGGGGAGAAAAUGAAAUCGAUCAUGUGUUAGUUGCUAAAAAGGAUGUCCAGUUGAAUCUCAACCCUAGCGAAGUGUGUGAAGUUAAAUACAUGACUUAUGAUGAGAUUUGUCACUUUAUAGAUUCUGCCAACGACCAAGAUCAAAAGAUCAGUCCUUGGUUUAAGAAGAUCUUUCUCUAUUAUGGAAAAGAUUUGUUCCAUCAUGUGGAUACCAUUCACACAGUUUGUAAAAAAGGAAUUGUUUCUCUGUAAUGAACUUGAAUCG